AUGCUCCUACUAGUUAAAUCAAGAGAAAAAUCGGAUUUUGAUAUUAUUUACAAUCUAUCAGAAACCGGGAAAAUUGACUUCGAUAUACCACAAUGUAACCUUGCAAGAGCUAAUCAAGAUUUCAUAGCUGUUCCCGAAGCUGAUAGUGAAAAAGAUAAGACAAGAAUUAAUUCCAGCAAGAACACUACGGAAUUUGAAACACUGUUAUCUCCAAGUGAACAUUUCAAAAGCUAUCCCAUCGAGAAAGUUAAUUUCGAUUUGCCAAAUGAUCCUCACACUCAAAGUGAAAAAUAUGAUAUAACAAUAAGUAGUUCUGCCACUUACAAUACUGAAGUGAUACCAUCUACAAGUUCAAUAGAAGUUAAAGACCAGAGUUCCAAGCAAAUCUAG